CUCCCCGUACGCUUGCGUAGCGGUGAGCCGUCAGUUCGGCUGUCUGGUUACCGGAGGAGCGGCAUGACCCGGAGGAAUAACGGCAACAUGCGGCAGGCACCAAACGAGUUAUCUGCGAGGUCAAGAUCAGAGGUGAUGAUAUAUGUACCUGCCAGAGUGACCAGAGUGGAUAUACAGGUUUUACAGCCUUCAGAGGACCAGCUCAACCGUAUUUCACCAUUCCUAAAAGGAAAAUUGCAGCAGAAUGAGUGACAACCAUGGGAGCCUGUACACCAUACACACGAAUACAGAUACAGUAGACUGGAAUGCUAGUUUGAAAUCAGUUCAAUCUGACAAGUUCUUAUCUCUUCUCCUGAGCAUGGUUCCGUUAGUGUCCCACAAAGGCCAGGAAGACAGACUGAAGAAGAUCAAUGGCUUGUCACCCACAGGACAUGGCUUUAACCUUCGAGCUGACCAGCAUCUUGAGUACCAUCACUUCUCUGAGCCAAACUAUCUUGGGAAUGGCUCACACUGCUCAAAUAUUUGCAGCACAAGUUAUGACUAUGAUCCUUAUGAUUACUGUGAUGGUAGGGACGUCUCCGAAACGGAUGCAAUGUUGCAAGACAGUAGGAAUCCUGGAGACGGGGACUCUGAUGCCCUACUGGAGGGGAACAAAAAACUGCCAAAAGAAUCUAGCUUUACUAUGGCACUCCAAAUACUUGUGCCAUUCCUCCUAGCUGGAUUUGGAACAGUGUCGGCUGGAAUGGUUCUAGACAUUGUACAGCACUGGGAGGUGUUCAAAAAUCUUACAGAAGUGUUCAUCUUGGUUCCCGCAUUGCUUGGCCUUAAAGGAAACCUAGAAAUGACAUUAGCAUCCCGACUCUCAACUGCGGUUAAUGUAGGGAAGAUGGAUUCGCCUAUAGAAAAGUGGAAUCUUAUUAUUGGUAAUCUGGCUUUAAAACAGGUGCAGGCAACAGUAGUUGGGUUUUUGGCUGCCGUUGCAGCAGUUAUAUUGGGCUGGAUUCCAGAGGGGAAAUACCGUCUAGACCAUGCAAUACUACUUUGCUCCAGCAGCGUGGCUACUGCUUUUAUAGCAUCACUACUUCAAGGUAUAAUUAUGGUAGGAGUGAUUGUUGGAUCAAAGAAAACAGGAAUAAACCCAGACAAUGUAGCCACACCUAUUGCUGCCAGCUUUGGCGAUCUUAUCACACUUGCCAUAUUGGCAUGGAUUAGCCAGGGUCUUUACAGCUGCAUAGAUUCAUACUCCUUUGUUUCACCAUUGGUUGGUUCUUUCUUCUUGGCACUAACCCCAAUAUGGAUUGUAGUGGCAUCAAAACAUCCUGCUACAAGAACUGUUCUGCACUCUGGCUGGGAGCCAGUCAUUACUGCCAUGCUUAUUAGCAGUGUUGGUGGCCUUAUACUAGACACAACUGUGUCCGACCCAAAUUUGGCCGGGAUUGUUGUCUACACACCAGUAAUAAACGGUAUUGGAGGAAAUUUGGUAGCCAUACAGGCCAGCAGAAUUUCCACUGAUUUGCAUUUACACAGCAUUCCUGGAGAACUUCCUGAUGAAGACACAGGCUGCUUCCACCCCUUCAGGACCUUUUAUGGGACAGGGGUGAAUAAGAAAUCGUCUCAAGUUCUUCUCUCCCUUGUUAUUCCCGGACACUUAAUUUUUUUAUACACCAUCUAUUUAAUGAAGAGCGGCCACACGUCCCUGACACCUAUUUUUAUAAUGGUUUAUUUAUUGGCAGCUCUCCUACAGGUAUUUGCUCUGCUGUGGAUAGCAGACUGGAUGGUGCAUCACAUUUGGAGGAAAGGAAAGGAUCCAGACAGUUUUUCCAUUCCGUAUCUUACUGCAUUAGGAGAUCUUUUAGGAACUGCUUUACUUGCCAUCAGUUUCCAUAUUCUUUGGCUCAUUGGGGACAGAGAUGGUGAUGUAGGUGACUAGCACAUAUAUCUUGGACUUCCAGCCUCGUAGUAUGCUUAGAUAAUCAUUCCUGGAAGAAAUACACAAAACUACUAUUAAAAUCUAAUUCCAUGCUAAACCAACCAAACAGGACAUUUUGUUUUUAAUUCAGGGUUUAUAAAAAUUCUUGAAUUUUUACAAAUUUCCAGUUAUCGGUAACUGUAACAUUACGGAACAACAAGAUGGUGGGAGGCGGGGUUGUAUAUUUUGCUAACUGCACUUUACCUUUUGACUUAUGCAUGUUUCAUGGUUUUGCUUUUCAAAUCCAGAGAGUAUUUCGUGGCUCCAGGUGGGUUUUAAUGUAAUACAUAUUUUUUCUUUAUUUUAUGUAACAUUAUGACUGAUUUUAGUAGCAUAAAUAAUAAUAAUGGUACGUAUGGUUUUUCUUGUGUCUAACUCUGAGUUUUACAUUUUUAUGUAAUUUAUUUGGUUUCUCCUACAUUUUUCGGUGGCUAUCUGUUGUAAACGUUUGAAAAAGCAAACUAUUGCUAGUGAGAGGAAUAUAAUAAAAGCUGUCAUUACCCUAUAUGUUUUAAGGAUUGCCAACUUUUAGCUAAAUCACAUUUCCCCUACUUCCUAGAUAUCCAUAAAAUUAGAUAUAUAUUUUAAUGUAAUAUGUAUUGUACACAAAACUAUUCACAUAUUGGUGCAUUGGUCAAUGAAGUAUUUCAGAUCAAUGCUGUACAUUUCCUACAGAAGUGCCUCAUAGGCCAAUGAUAAUUUUAUUAACUAGUAUAUGGCUGUGCCAAUUUUUUGAUGUAAAAAAAAAAAAAAUAAUUGGAAGUUGGGAAUAAUUUUACAUGUGCAAUGUUGGUCAGAUGUUUAUGUAAAAAAUAGAGUUUAGUAAUUCAGCACAACUACAUAGUAAGGUCCUAGUAGAAAAUCAUUUUUGGUCCUUUCCAUGAAGACAGUUUAGGUAAUAAACCAAUGAAAAAAAAGCUGUGAUACUAAGAUUUUUUUUUUUUAGUAUCUCAUUCUUAAAAAAUGGAUCCCAGUGAACACUGUAAGGUUUUAAUAAGGUGGAAUUUAAUAAGUCCGUCAUUUUUUCAUGCCAGUCUUAAAGGGCUACUCCACUGGCCAGUGUUCGGAACAUUUAGUUCUGAACGCUGUGUGCGUGCUGCGUGGUCUCCUCAGUGACAGCCAUCAUGCGCCCUCCCACAGACUUGCAUUGAGGGGGCGUGGCCUGAACUCAUGAGGGGCUUGGCCAACCCCCGCAGUGCGCACACAGUGUUGUUAACUAAAUGUUCCGAACGCUGGCCAGUGGAGUACCCCUUUAAAUAAUCCCCUCCAGUAUAAUAUCACACUGGAUUUAUCCAGAGGUGCCUGCCUCUUGUUGAAUUCAAACUAAAACAAGACACAAACAGCGCUCCUUAGUGUGAUAACAUUUAAGACCAGGAUUGUUAUAGUAAAAGGUGUGCUUACCACAUAGUUACACUCCACCAAGUGGAACUAUGGAACAGAGUAGUAAUAUGAGUGCCUGCAGUCACUCCACGUCCAACCUCAAACAUAAAAGCCAAAAUUUCCUUCAACAUAGCAACAGGAUUUAGAGGCGCUGGACACACAGACUAAAGGGAUUUCAAGUUUAAUCACUCAUGAUGCAACACGUUUCACAGUAAGACUGCUUUAUCAGGCAAUCUUGUUGAAUUCAGAACAUGUCAGGCUACCCAUGCAGCAGUCUCAGAAAUCUGCACCAGGUCUGAGCUAUAUUGACCAAAGACCAAACACACUUGUAAGGAAUAACCUAAAGUAGGGGGUUUAGUAAAUACUGACACUGUACUACCCUUACUAAGCCAUCUAAGGCAUAAUGUAAUGUGACCUCCUAUAUUGAAAGAACCUAAACACAGAACUACUUGGAGUCACUUAAUAUAAAAUAUUAUAUUUAUUGGCAUAGAUUAAAAAACCAUCGGGUUUCAAGAAAAAAAUUAGGGGGGGGGGGGGGGAGGCUGGGGGACAGCAUCACAAAAAUUCAGCAACAUCACCGGCACAACUGCCAAUCAAGAUGGUGGUAGGUGGGUAUAUACUUCUUUAAGGUGCACGUAAUAUGAAUAGUAGCAAUAUGGAACAGAAAACCAUACAGUAACUGAACAGUAUAAUAUUAAAAUGAAAGUGCCAUAAGCAUAAAGUGCUAUAAAUCUAAAGGAACCGCAUCAGUGCAAUGGGAUAAUACAAUACCCACACAGGAAAGUGCCAGGCAGAGACCGGGAUGGCGCCACUCCUACGAGAGUUCGGCACGCUGACCUUCGUCCGGUCUGAGCUAAUAUAGGUGUCCACUACAACUUACACCUGACAGCAGGGGUAAAUUGCAGUAAAUUUUGAGCACAGAGCCAGCCACACUCUUUAUAUGAAAUCCAUUGUAAGCCCCACCUAAUUGACAAGUGCUGUGGAAAUCGGUAAAAGACACAAAUUCUGGAAACUUUUUACCGAUAAGAAAAGGCACAAAGUAUCAAAUUAUAGCCAAAAUCUGUGUAUUUGUUCUACUGUAGUACAAUCAUUGGAGGGAGAACUGUAUGCCAAAGGGAAUUUUUU